AUGCUUCAAUCAUCCGAAGACGCUCAUCGUCUGCUCGAACAAGGGCAAAGCCUUUUUGGUGAAGGUUGGAAUCAUGUCAAUAGUUUCGACGAAAUUGAUGAAGAUGAGUACGAGGACGAAGAAGAGGAAAUAUACGUAACGAUGGAUCUCGGACCUACCAUCGAUUCAAGAGCUUUACAAACUGAAACUCAAUAUCAGCUGGUUGGUUUAGACUCACCAUUACCUUUCUUAAAGGUUGGUAAUCAGAUAUUUCAAGGUCAAGUAACACCUUUAAUAGGUGAUGAAGUGAUUUUAGGUUUGAUAAGGAAUUCGGAUAAUCCACAUGAGCCUUCUCAUCCACCAUUGUAUUCAACAAAUCAUCGAAUAACAUUUCAAGCCAUCACUCUGAAACCCCAAUUCCAAUCUCAAUCAGCUCUUACUGAUCCCCCUCCUCUCCCUCCUACUUCGUUUUCAGAUCCAGACGCCUUCCCAUCAUCUGCUAUAACAGGAGAUCGUCAGGUAAGGAGAUCAUCAAUCGAUGAAAACGCUAUUGCAGGACCAUCGUCAUCAAGUCACCCAUCAGCUUCCAUUGGGCAUGAAAACACUUCCUCAAUCACUGGAAUAGAUAAAACAGAUGGAAUAGGUAUGGACAUCGAGAUAGGCAGUAGUAGUAGUAGUAGUAGAAUUCCUCAACGGCGACAGAAAGGUACUUAUAAACCUAGAAUGAGUAUAAACAAUCAAGAAGAACUGGAAAAUUUCGAUUUGAAAUCCAUGAAAACCUCACAAAAAGUCGAAUUAGGUCCGGAAGUCCUCUCUUCGCUUGGCCUGGAACCUUCCCCACAUGGUGAAAGGUUAUCUCUAAGUAAAUCAGUGAUGGCUCAAGUCAUAUCUGGAUAUCCUUCUGUAGGACAAGGUAGUAGAGGUGGAAGAGGUAAGAAAGGUAAAUCAUGGGGGAUAGGUAGAGGUGGAAGAUUCGAAUUGAUGGAUAAUAGGGAACAAAGUGCAGAUAAUGAGAAAACGGCAGAAGGUACCGCAGAAGGUACCGCAAAUCAAGAACAACAAGAAGACCAGAUGGAAGUGGACCAAAACAAUAUCAUACCAGAAACGAGAUUAGGCAGUGCUCAAGCACCAACGUCUGUUACUACGCCUGCUCCAGCAAAAGACAUUGAUCAAAUGCAAGAGUCUGUUACGGCACAGCGACAACAAGCUCGGCCACUUGAUCAAGUUCAAGAGAUGGAGGAAGAUCCACCUUGGCAAUCUGUUUAG